AUGCCUGCCUCUAUCCAUGUCUGCCCUUUACUGUCCAGUCGGGCAGAGGGAUGCGGGGGUGGGGUGGUCACGGCAAGGCCCUCUUCCCUAAUCCUGAUCUGUCUUUCCCCUCCUUUAUUUCUACUCCCCCAACUCUUUGCUCUGCUUUUUCACAACUCCAUGAGUCCAGCAGAGAUCCAGCAGUUAUGGAAAGAAGUUGCUUCCCAGUCAGGGAUUGACAGUUCAGUUGAUAUGAAGAAUCAUUUAAAUGGUGUUGCCUUGGCAACCAGUGUGGCCCAGGCAGCAGCUGUAGCAGCCGCCUCUGUUACCUCUGGUUCUAUGAACCCCCUUCUCCAGUCCUCCUCUUACCUCACUAAUGGCAUUCCAGAUGGCUAUUUAUUGUCAGGUGGACUUGGUGGUGGGUUACUUCCUCAACCAAGCCUCAGUAUCAAACAGGAACAGGAAAAUUCUAAUCUGACCCACCCACUUUAUCGACAUGGUCUCUGUAAAUGGCCUGGCUGUGAUACACCUAGUGAGGAUUUUCCUUCCUUCAUCAAGCAUUUGAAUUCUGAGCACCAGCUGGAUGACAGAAGUACUGCCCAGGCACGGGUGCAGAUGCAAGUUGUUAGCCAACUUGAAAUACAGCUCACUCGUGAAAAGGAACUCUUGCAGGCUAUGAUGCAGCAUUUACACAUGAAACCUCCUUCAGACAAACCAGAUAUUAUCCUCCCUAUUCUUCCAAAGCAACAACAACAGCAACAACAACAACAACAGCAGCAACAGCAACAACAACAAACGCAAGCUGCAUUGCAACAGGCUCAGUUGGCACUGGCUUCUCAAUUGCCCACAAUUCCCUUGUCAAAUCCUGUGACCCUGGUGUCAACACCUGCCAUUAGCAUGUCUCCAACCACAACUACCAGCACAACUACAGCUGUUGUGACUGGAACACACCCAUCACCAUCUCCUGUGCAACAAACCCCACAACAGCAGCAGGCAUCAAGCAGUGUGGGACCAAUUCGACGACGGGUAUCGGAUAAGUGUAAUCUUCCGAUUUCUGCUGGAAUGCAGAGAGACAUGGAGAACGCAUUUCUUUCUUUUGUAGAAAUCCAGAGAAAUCGGGAAUUCUACCGAACGACAGAUGUACGACCUCCAUUUACCUAUGCAUCUCUCAUUCGACAGGCUAUCAUUGAAUCACCUCAUCGGCAGUUAACAUUAAAUGAAAUUUACCAGUGGUUCACCAAUACAUUUGCUUAUUUUCGAAGAAAUGAAGCUACAUGGAAGAAUGCCGUGCGUCACAACCUUAGUCUUCACAAAUGUUUUAUGAGAGUUGAGAAUGUUAAGGGGGCCGUGUGGACCGUGGACGAGGUAGAGUUCUACAAACGGAGACCACAAAAAAUGAGUGGAACGCUAUUCGCACCAACUUGUCCCUGCAUAAAUGUUUUCACUAACUGGUUCUUUCUACCUUUCUCUCUCUCUCUCUCUGACCUCCUCACUCUACCCAGCGGCCUCUCUUAUACUCUUCUUCAUAUUCUUUUCUUCUUUAUUGUCAUAAACUCUUUAUUGCCCACUCACUCAGUCUCUUUCUCUAUUUUUCAAUUGCUUCAUAUCAUGUUUACAUUCUACUAUUACUGCUACAACUUUUUCUCCCCCCAAUAUCCUCACUUUUUUCUCAUAUUGCCCUCUCUUCACUAUCUCUUCCAUUGUCCAUCAUUCUUGCAUUGCUAUAGAGAGUUUGAUUUUCACCACUCCCCAGUACCAUCACCAAUUCUUCUAGUUUUUCUUUGCAUUCCAUCAAACCUUUUUCAUCUUUCUUCCAUUUUUUCUCUUUUUUUUUUUUAUUCCUUCAACCCUUUUUCAUCUUUCUUGCAUUUUUCUUCUCUUUUCAUUCCUUCUAUCUUGUUUCAUCUUUUUACAUUCUUUUUUUUUUCUUCUUCUCUUUUUUGCAUUUCUUCUAUCUUGUUUCAUCUUUUUUGCAUUCUUUUUUUCUCUCUUUCUCUCGUUUGUUUCUCUUAUUCCAAUCACUUUUCACUUCUGUCAUUAAUCUUACUUGCAAAUCUUCUUUCUCUUACUAGUAUCUUUCCUCCCUCUCUAGGUUUCUUCUUUUUCUUUCCUUCUCCUCCCCCUUCCACACUGACUUUUUUUUUUGUUCUUGUCUCUCUCUACCUUCCUUCUUUCCUUCAUGCUCCCUCCCUCUCUAAAAUCACCUUUCUCAUUCACUAUCUCCCACCCUCUGGGAUCUCCUCUCUUCUUACCUGUCUCACUCACUUGCUUGCUCUCCCUAUCUGGGAUCCCUUCUCCUCUGCUCACUUUCCUGGAUCCUUCUUCUCUUGCCUCUCUCUCUCUCUCCCCACUCUAGAAUCCUCAUUAACUCUUGAACCCUUUCUUUCUUUCUUUCUUCUCUGGAAUUGCCAACCUCUACUUUCUAAAAUUUGCAAUCAAUUGCCAUAG